CCUGCAUAUUGUUGGAGAGUUGCCAUUGGUAUUAGCCGAUCGCGUUUCUUCACUAACCAAUACACAGCAAAUGCAUUAUCACUCCUCCUCUUCUCCCUGUGAUCGUAGUCGUAAAGUCUUUACGGCUGAAUAUGGUGAAAUAAGCGAUGGUCCUGCUGGCUUUAAUUAUACUCAAGACUCGCACUGCGAAUGGCUGAUAAAAGCUCGCAAUAACAGUCAGUUUAUAACGCUAACAUUUCAUAGCAUGGGUACGGAAUGUUCUUACGACUAUAUUUAUGUGUAUGAUGGUGAUUCGUUCAACUCUACUCUGCUGGGGAGUUUCAGCGGUCGUACGCAACCGCAGCGUCUGGUGGCACGUAGCGGGAGUAUGAUUAUAUUCAUGUAUAGCGACACAAAUUAUGUUUUAGACGGUUUUCGAGCAUCUUAUUAUAUAUCAAAUUGCUUAAAUAACUGCCACAAUCAUGGUAAAUGUGUUGGCCAUCAGUGUGUUUGCCACGGAGAAUGGGUUGGACCGGAUUGUGAAGAUGAAGCCUGCCCUAAUAAAUGCGGGGAAUUACAGGGUCAGGGGAAAUGUAUUAAAGGAGUAUGCCAUUGCGAAAAGGGUUACAGUGGUAGGUUGUGCGAUUUGCAUGAACAACCUCCUGGUGGAAAUUGGCGAUGGUUAGCGACAGAUGCUGAAGGCAUGACUCCACGUGCCGCUCAUACUGCUAUUUAUAUAGAUGAAGAAGACGCUCUUUAUGUAUUCGGUGGUUAUGAUCUUAACAAUGUCAUAAGCACUUUACAGAUUUAUCGUUUUGCUACUAGUCAAUGGGAAGAUCAAUGGGGCAUAGCUUUGCAAAAUCGUAGACAUUAUUACCAUCAGCAAAAAAUUGAUCAUUCUUUGCUUAAAGCUGUAUUACAACAUAAAAACGAAGAUGAGGCUAAACUAUGGGGUCUAAAAAGUGAUAUUUCAAUAUUUCGUAAUAUCCUUUACACGCUGGCGGAAUCGAAUUUACAUCAGCGUCAAACACGCAGUUCUCAACUAUUAACCGCGGUUAGUAUUAAUUCAACUGAUGAAGAAUUGUCGGAAUAUUUGGAAGAUAUUUUGGGAGAGGUGACUGAUUACAAGCCACAUGGUCGCUACGGCCACGCAGCAGCACGGGUGCCAGGAGGUUUUGUUAUAUUUGGCGGCAAGCAAGCUAAUGGCAGCUUUUUCAACGACUUAUGGUUCUAUAAUAAUAGCGAAAGCGGUGGAAAAUGGAAACAAUUGGCUACGCAGUCCAAAUCAAGACCUCCGCCUAUGGCUAGGCAUACUAUCACAUUAGCCAAUGACUACUUAUAUCUCUUCGGUGGCAGCUUGGAAACGGGGGAAUUUUCAUCAAACAUUUAUCGCAUAAGCUGGCCGGUAUCUUAUGUUGAAAUUGGUGAAGACGAAGCUGAUUGGGAAUUGAUACAUCCGCGUGGAGGAAAAAAAUUGGAUGUCCGUUUAGCUGCUCAUACAACGGUAUAUUAUAAGGCCACCAACUCAUUAAUAGUGUUUGGUGGUAUAAUGACAAGUCUGGCCCGUUUUUCGAAAUUGUCCGAUCGGAUUUUUGCUUUUCAAUUAGAUAAAUUACAUUGGACAGAAAUUCUCUAUCCGCGAACGGCUCUACGCGAUACCAACAUACCCCGUGAGAGAGCUUUCCAUACGGCUACCAUUAGUGGUAAUUACAUGAUUGUUUUUGGCGGAUAUACACAUCGUCACAAUAAGGACGAGAUUUGUUAUGAUAACCAAAUGUACUGGUAUCACUUGAGCUGUCACAUCUGGAUCAAUCAGGUGGUCUCCGCUGAAGACAGUUUGUAUCCGAAAAAACAAGGAGUGUUUGCCCAGGCUGCAGCUUUAAGGCGCAAUAAUACUUUGUUGAUUGUAGGGGGAUAUCACGGCAAUAUCAAUGCUGAUUUAUUUGCUUACGAAUUGCCGCAAGUUUUGCGAAUGCAAAGCUCGAACGGCUACAAUCCCGAAAUGUCUUGCCGCCUACAUACAUCACAUACGGCGUGUCUAUCAAAUCCAGAAUGCGGUUGGUGUUCGGCUGAUAGUAGUUGCUAUGGGCGAACAAUAGGAGCAAAUUGUACAAGCAACUUGCAAACGACCAGAUGUCCUGGAAUUUGUCCAUCUCUAGGCGAUUGUCAUUCUUGCUUGGUCCAUGGAACACAAUGGAAUAAACGCCAAGAGGGAUCAGAAGUUUAUUUUUCUGUGGCUAGUAAACUAGGUUUAAACGAGUGUACGUGGUGUGUACAGAAUGCCAAAUGUCACCAUCGAGAUGAUAAUUACGGUAUAUGUGGUGAAGAUACGCCUUCUCAUAGUCCUGGAUGGUGGGGAGAGCAGGGUACAGAAAUUCGUCAACCAUCUCAAUGCACUCAGAAUGAUCGGCGUCCGGGCUUAACCUACGUCAAAUAUCAUUAUCCAAUUAAUCUGACAAUGCCCGAUUAUGUGGCUAUUGUUAACGCUACCAUGGUCGAUUUUGCCUCGCCCACACCAACAACUCAAUAUGAGCAAAAACUGGAAGGCGAGAUGUUAGCGCGUUUGCUUGGUUUCGUUAGGCCGCAAAAGCAAUGGGAGGAAGAACCUACCGAAAUUCAGGUAUGCACCAGUUAUUCGUCUGCCAUACUGAAAGCAGGACUAGGUAAAGACCUUAUUUCACUUAAAGAAUUGGUAAAACAAACGUCCAAUCAAUCUUACUGUAGCAACGUUGAGAUACCAAGCACAGAACUGCCAUUUUUAAUAGACUUCCAAGCUCGCAGACGUAUCGGGCUUAAUGCAAUCUAUAAUACCUACCAGAAAACUAAAAUGGAACUGCAGCAUAUCUAUCACGGCAAUUUGAAUGCGUUCACUUUUGAAUAUUUGGAACCGUACUAUUCUGGUGAAAAUUGUGCAGGUUACAGAAAUUGUUUGCAAUGUUUGACAGACAAUGCUUGCGGGUGGUGCUCUUUAAAAUCGCAAUGUAUGCUAAAAACAGUAAACGAAACUGAGGCAUGUAGCACGCCCCAAGUGGGCAAAAAUAGUUCACAUUUUUUAUGGGAAUACCUAAUUAAUCAACCUGGUCAUUGUGCAAACUGCUCUAAUUAUGUAUCUUGUGAAGAAUGUAUCAAAUCAGGCUUGUGCGAAUGGUGGGCUGAGGAGGCUCGUUGCGCCCGUUUGGGAAAAUCUGAAAACAGCGUGACUUCUUUGAGCAAAUGCCCAGUUCAAUGUAGACUGCGUAGAAACUGUCACGAUUGCUUAAACGAAAGAGGUAGAUGUGUUUGGUGCGAAGCUCGUGCUGCCUGUUUUAGUUUUGCGGUUUAUACGAGUGAAUAUCAGUUUGGCAUGUGCCGGGAAUGGUUAGAUCAGUCGGUAACUCCCCAAUUGACUGACGACUCAAGCGCAAUUGGACAUGGAAAUCGUAACUCUAUAAUAGGCUCUCUAUCGCCAGUGCAUCAUACGCCAGUUACACCUAAGCAGCAAUGCAAAUCGUGCACUCAGUAUCAUAAUUGUUCUACUUGUUUACGCACGCUAAGUUGCGGCUGGUGCUUUGAUCGAGACAAUCCUAUUGAAGGUAUCUGCAUGCAAGGUGAUUUCAGUCACCCUUUCGGUAAUUGCUCUUUGGCUUUAAACAGUUCUUCCAUUCAUGAUGCUGAAUGGGCUUAUGCGCAAUGUCCAGACGUAGAUGAAUGUGGAUUAGGUUUGCAUGAUUGUCAUAAAGAGGCUAAAUGCACGAACACCCACGGCUCAUAUAAUUGCCAUUGUCGUCGAGGUUUCGUGGGAGACGGUCGAUUAACUUGUAUGCGCACUUGCUUCGAAUUUUGUGUUAACGGUUAUUGUUCGGGUGCGCCAGAUUAUACAUGCAAGUGCGAAUUGGGAUGGACAGGGGCCGAUUGCUCAAUAAAUUGUGGUUGUCACAAUCACUCCACGUGUACAGAGCGCGUAGGUAAAUGUGAUUCUUGUCAAGCUUGGACUGAGGGAGAACGUUGCGAACGUUGCCGUCAAGGCAGUUAUGGCAAUGCGACCUCGGCUGCUGGUUGUAGUCCAUGUGAGUGUAACGGUCACGGCAAUCAAGAUUUAGGGAUUUGCAAUGUUGGUAACGGAGAAUGCUUCUGCAAAGAUAAUACAGUUGGUAUUAAAUGUGAUCAGUGUGCCAUAGGUUACUACGGUGAUCCGAGGGACGGCGGUCAAUGUUAUUAUCAAUGUGAAUCUCGAGGUGUCUUACAGAAUAUCGGCCGCAGCGGUAUAGGUUCCUAUCAGUCUUACAAAUCACCCUGGGGUACCAGCUUGGAGGUUCGCGAGUGUUUAUGGAUUUUAUUUCCAAAAACUUUAGAAGCUGAAAAAUCCCUUCUGCAAGUGGAAUUUGAAUGGUCCACCCUGGCCAUGGAUUGUGACGACAAUGCAGUGUAUAUCUACGAUAGCUUGCCAGAUUUGACAGGUGCCACGCAUCAAAACCAACUAAUUUCGGUGGUUUGUAAUCCCUACACCUCUUCACAUAUAAUAGAAGCCCGAUCAAGUCAUGUUACUGUUUAUUAUAAGCAAGGAGGUGGUUUGUUUAAGCAUUUCGGUUUCAAUGCAAUUUACACUGUAAAGAAUUGCGUAGCACGCACCUGUCUGCAUCCGCACAUCUGCGAUGAGCAACACAGAUGCAUUUGCCCAGCUGGUUAUGUGGGGCCGCGGUGUGAGGUGGAAGUAUGCCCGCGGAACUGCAACGCCAAACGAAUGCAAGGCUAUUGUGACACCGACUACGGGCGCUGUAUAUGCAAUUUCGGGUAUGGCGGUAUGGAUUGCGGUACGUUGGUUAAGCCAAAUCAAUUGACUGUAACCGAACUAUUCAACACCUUGCUAUUAUCAGAAUCGUUUGAACAUUUGCGAAAAACCAUACCUCGUUUCGGUCACACAGUUUGCGCAGAUAGGAGGGGAUCUGUUUGGAUGUUUGGCGGUUACUCGCCCUCCCAUGGGCCACUAAACGACUUUCGUCAAUUCGACACAAAAAACGGCACUUGGAUGCAAGUAACUGUUGAAUCUACACCUGAAGAGAAAAUGCCGUUAGGACGUUACUUCCAUGCAGCUGAAAUAUAUUUGAAAAAGCAAACGAUAUUUAUUUAUGGGGGUAUUACAACUGGAAGCUCUUCUCCUAACCCCCAAAUAUUAGAAGAUUUCUGGCAAUUUUCUAUACAAAAUCAGCGCUGGUCUGAAAUCGAUUUGCACGGACAUCGCGUGAGACCGCCGGCUUUGGUCGGCCAUACUCUAACUUAUACGAGAGAAGCUCUUUUAUUAAUAGGUGGUCUUACAAGGAAUAGAUCGCGUCAACUGGAAUUGUGGGAAUUUAAUUUGGAAACCUUUCGCUGGGAGCAAUUGCUCGCUUUGGGUGUACGCAUGCCCGUGUUGUAUGGUCACAGUUCCGUCUACCACAGCGAAAAGCAUAUUAUGUAUGUAUUUGGUGGCUAUUCCAUCGAGCCACAAAAUAAAUUAUACGCGUUGCAUUUACAAAAAAUGACGUGGACUGAAUUACCACCUUUCCAAGAUCUAAAUCGACCAGAGUCGCUAUUGCCAAGAGCUCGGUAUUUCCAUUCAGCUGCUACUACCGAACAUUAUAUGGUGAUUUAUGGGGGACGAACGCACCCUUACAAUGCCAGUGAUGUUUUAAUAGCCUACGUUUACAAUUGUAAUCAGUGGAUACGCUUAACCGAAGAUGUCAAUAUAGUUGGUAAAUUGCAGUCAUCCACUUAUGCUGAAGACAUAUCAAUUGAUCAUGAGAACAACGCCAUUUAUGUGAUCGGUGGAUGGGAUGGUAGCGCCAGCGCUAGUCAAGUGACGAAGAUAGUAUUACCUUUAGAUAUUUGUCAGCUAUGGAGUUCGGGGAAAUAUUUGUGUCGCCAUUACAUGGGUUGUAGCUUUUGCAAUGUACCUGGUCCUUACAGUAUCACUUCGCAUUGUUUCUCUCAAGGUAACAGUGGGGUGUGCGAUAAUGGAAACGGUACCUUGACAUACAACAAUGGAGCAGCUUGCGAUGAUGCUUGGAUGGCAAGACGUAAUUGUUCCAGUUUCACCACAUGCAGCUCUUGUUUAGCCUCCUGGCCUACACAUGUUGAAACAACGCCGAUAUGUCAAUGGUGUGAUGAGUGUGGUAUAAAGGGAAGAUGCGUUCCAGCUGGAGUGGAUUGUGAAAGGCGCAACACAUGGUGUAGUAAAGAAGUAAGCGUUGGACUUUUAAACCUUUGCCCCCAACCGCAGUGUCACACCUUGCACUGCGAAACAUGUAUUCUUAACGACAAUUGUGAAUGGGCUCAAAAUGAAUUGGGCACCAUAGAAUGCAUAACAAAGGAAUUAGUCGAACAAAAUCAAUAUCGUAUAAUAGGUCAGUGUCCGGCUUCUUGCUACACUUAUACUAAUUGUACUUCUUGUCUUAACAAUGAUGACGCGGAUCAGCCUAGGGACUGCAAAUGGUCUAUUAUGUUAAAUACUUGUCUAUCGCCACAAACACAGCCUUUAUUCUGUGCCGGUGGUGUUUGCGGUUUGGUUUUAGAAGCGAACGAAACUGACCAAUGUCCUGAACCGUGCUACGUUUACUCUCAGUGCUCUACUUGCCUAGAACAUGCGCAUUGCGGUUGGUGUGCUCGCGAUGGUUACAAUGGCGAUGGAAUUUGCACAGAAGGCUCUCCGGAAAAUAAGCAGGAAUAUCCUUCAGCAUCAACGUGCGAUUUAAUAUACACUUCUCGUCGUAACGACUCUCGACUUAAUCCAACUGAUAUAGUGUCUUGGAAUUAUGUGAAAUGUCCUGCUGAAAAUGAAUGCACCAAUGGCCACCAUAACUGCGAUCCCACUUCCGAGCGCUGCAUUGAUGCUCCCACUGGCUAUCGUUGUGUAUGUGGUGAAGGUUAUCGUGAUGAUAAUGGCACUUGCAUGCCGGUUUGUACUCAAGGAUGUGUCCGCGGUAAUUGUUUACGACCGAAUAUUUGUGAAUGUGAUUUCGGUUAUGUGGGUGAAAAUUGCAGUAUUCAAUGCCUUUGCAACGGCCACUCUAAUUGCAAAGGACCUGAUCUGUUAGAUGAAUGUGUCCAAUGUCACAACAAUACAAUGGGUGCUCAAUGUGAAAAGUGUCAACCUUUAUAUGUGGGUGAUCCUCGUGAAGGGCGAGAAUGUAUACCAUGUCAUGUGUACUGUAACGGACACACAGAUGCCUGCAUAGCUAAUGACUCCGAUCCGGCUUUCUUCAACAUGACUCGAGCGGAACUUAACGUGACUCUACCGGAAGGUCCCUUGGCGAACGCGACGUGUUUAAGAUGUGGCAAUAAUACAGCAGGCCAACGAUGUGAUACCUGCAUUGUGGGCUAUUUUCGUGGCAGCGAAGAUCACCGCAAGGAGUGCAGAUCUUGUCAGUGCCAUGGGCAUGGUAACGUAUGUGAUCCGGUAACAGGAGAAAAGUGCAAUUGUGGUAAUAAUACGGAAAGCGACGCCACUUGUACGGCGGGUGGUGGUAAAAAUUCGGCUCACCUUUGCUGGAGCGUCCAAUGUUCUAAAUGUCGGGAUUCAUAUGCAGGCAAUCCGAUCGAUGGCCAUCAAUGUUAUAAGCAAAUUACAGUGGAAUCACGCAUGUGCUUUGAUGCCAAACCAAUCGAGGAAUGCAAAGCAAAACCUGCUGCUCUUAAGCCCGGGCAGACCGUCUUUUUUGUAAUACAACCGCGUUUUAUGAAUGUGGAUAUUCGAGUGAUUAUCGAUGUCACUCAAGGUGAGCUGGAUGUGUACAUGUCGCCACAGGAUGAUUCCUUUAUAGUAGAAACCAACGAAACAACUGGCUAUCAUGAAAUUUAUCUCGAUAAUCGUUACAAUUGGGGGCCAACUUCAAAACGUAGUCAUUCUCUAAACGUUGCUCUUCCCAAGCAUGACAACAGUACAAGUUUUUCAAAAUUAAUUAUGAGCGACAAACGCAGCAGUUAUUAUGUGCCCCAUAUACAGGAUUGUAAAAGCCACGGUGGCCAUAGUUUUUACGUAAAGGACCAACACGCUAAAGAUUUGAGUACGCAUGUCACACUAAAUCAAUGUAAUACACUACUACGGUUGUUUGGCUUAAAAAAUCGCUUGGUAUUAACACUGCCGCAACAUGCUCAUAAUUUAAGCGCAACGCGAUUUUUUAUAGCUUUGAGAGCUAGUUCGGGACCAGAGCCGAGUUAUGGUUCAGUUGUAUUUCGUCAAGACCAGUUACACAUUGAUUUGUUUGUAUUCUUUUCCGUAUUUUUCUCUUGUUUUUUCCUCUUUCUGGCGGUAUGCGUUGUAGUUUGGAAAGUGAAGCAAGCCGCUGACAUAAGAAGAGCCAGACGGCAGCAUGUUGUUGAACUUUUGCAUUUAGCUAAACGUCCUUUUGCUCAUGUUUUCUUAGCUCCUAAUUCUUUUGACAUAGAUAGUCCUAAUCCAACAACUUCCACGUCCAAUCGCGUUGUUCGUAGCGCUACUGGAGCGCGUUCCCGUCACUACAACGCCCCUGCACAUAGCCAAUUGGCUGAAUUGAUGCUAAUAGCCAUAGAGCCAACGUUUGACAAUCUAGCGGCAGUAGGUACAGUAUUUAUUAGCUUACCGGGACGCUACAAGGCGCCUCUUAGCAUGACUCUAGGCUCAACACUGAUCACUUAUCCACGUUCGUAUCCGGUAAGUAAUCGAAAUUUUAUGCGAUCCCAUCGUGGCAGCUCUGUGCCCUCAAUUGGGUUAGGCGGUGGUAUAGCAUGAAUCCAUUGCCUGCCUAAUUCCUCAUUUAAUCGAUUCAAUGCAUUAUAAACAACUCAAAAGCCGUGACGCUCUAUUUUAGAACAAUAACAAAAAACGACAUUUAGCGAAUUUAGUAAAUUAUUUUCUAGUAAGUGACACAUUUUGUAUAUACAUCG